GUAACCUUUUUUUGGUUGUUUGUGCAUGCAAUUUAUAAAUAACAAAAAGCAGUAGCUUUUUUUUUUUUUUAAUUUUUUUUAAUUUUUUUCUGUAAGGGGUAGCUCAAACUUGUUAAUACAUAUAAAUUUUAAUACCGACUACUAUACAAGACAAUGACACUUGAUGAACAUUACAUUUGUCAACGAGCAGCGAAUGCCAUCAUCUCGGAGAUUGGUCCUUUCCGAGUUUCAACUGAUGCUUUACAAGCCAUCAAUCAGUUCCUGGACGAAUUUAUUGUACUCUUAUUGACGUGUUCUUUAUCCCUUGACCUAUCCAAUAUCAAGUCAGUGGUCUUUGGUCUCUUACCUUCAACACUUGGUAAAAAUGCCAUUGUGGAAGCCGAGUUAGAAGUCAAGACUUUUACCGAGACCGAAUCCAUUGAUUAUGAACUGUAUGAACGUAUGCGUAAUCUAGGCACCGAGGGUCCUUUCCCUUUAGCAGAAGCCGUGGCCCUGUUACGAGAGAAAUGUUUCGAGUAUUGUACAUUGGCAGAUAAAGAUGAUCAAUUGUAUCUACAGAAAUCCAUUCGCAAUAAACGUGUAGACGAGACGGGAGUGGCGAUCAGUCCUCUUGUCGCCAUCUAUGUCACCACAGUAAUGGAACAUAUUGCCGAAUAUCUUUUAACGGCGGUGGCUAUGACGGCAGAGCAUGAGGAUACGGAUUAUGUGCGUGUCAAAGAAGUCUUUUUAGCAUUGAUUGAUGAUGUACAAUUAGGCAAUGUCUUUCAACGUAUGGAUUUACGGGAUAAAAUGGAGAAACGAGCUGGGUUAUUCAAUUUAAAUACAAACAAGGCAAGAAACUCAUAUUUGCCACCUCCUAGUCCUACACCUAACCGAAAGAGUUAUAUCAACCAUGAGCAACAAGAAACAGGUUCAUUCCUUGAUAUUUCAUUUGACGACAUGGAUUUUGACUUUGAAGAAGACAAUCGAAAGAGUACAGCUUCUAGAAUUCCCGAUAUGGGUAGACCUCAAUCUGCCAUGUCACACAGUAGCAAUUACACCUUCAAUAACAGCAACAACACGAAUCGUAAAUCAACGUACCAUUUAUUUAAAAAUAAUCGAAAUUCAUUCAGUAGUGCCAAUGAAACCGCACCCCGUGCCUCUUCUCCUUCUUCUACACCUGCAGCAGUGUAUGACCCGGAUGCACCUAGUAUGGAUUUUGACGAUCUCAUCAAGUCAGGUGGGACUGUCAAAGUGUCCUUGACACCCAAUCGAUUGAGAUCCAUCGAGAUUAAGGAUCAAACAAAGGAUGAAUUGGCUCCUCCACCCUUGACGUGGGAACGAAGAUCCACCUCUUCUCCUAGAUUAUCCGCUAUGCCUUCCAGACCUUCUUCACCGCUUGUCCGACAAAACACAGCUAAUAGUGUGCGAACCACCACGAGAUUGGACCCUAUUGAAGUGCCUAAACUUCAUGCACGUUCGGCCUCUCCCUCUUCACCACUAUCUAAAAGUUUUUCUGUACAUGAAAAGGCACGUUUUGAAAACCCACGUGAAGCACCUCCCACACCACUCUCAGCGCUCAACAAAUCCAGUCCUUUACCCAGUACGACAGCGAGUGCGGUGACGAUGAUCAGCACCACAUCGUCUGUGAUGAGUAGAAGUAGUGAAUCGAUUUCAUCGGAUAUUUCAUCUGUACUCAGUAUACCUUCUCCUCUUCUUCCCAUGACAACGCCUGUUGCAGUAGCGGUAGAUACCUUGGCUAUCGUCGAACCUCCUUUACCCAAACCCACCAAAUCGAUUCCGCUCAACGGCAUGGUGUUGCGUCGAAGCAGUGUCAGUAGUAGAAAGAGUCGUGAAAAUCUCAGACGUGCUGCUCGUGAAGAUACGGUGGAAGCACCUAUGCCUGCCCCUACUCCUAAUAAUGCGACUACAACCGUUGAUGCAAUUACGGUGAAUGCGACUGCAAGUACGUUGUCUCCCGAAAGACCUUCCAGUAUGGUAGCUAAGCGAGCCUCGAUGGUGGGUAACCGACGACGCUCAUUGCAUGAAAGUUAUGCGACGGAGAAAUAUCAUCAAGAUAUUUUGUUACGUCAACGUGUAUCGAAUGUGGGCUCAGUGAGUGUAUCUAUUAAACAAUGGGAUGAUAUUGCCAAGCCUGAAGAACAGGUGAAUGUGAUUCCACCGGCGGCACAUCGACGCUCUGUGUUGAGACAGUUACGACAACAACAACUCAAGGAACACCAUAGUACGAGUAGUAAUAAUAAUAGCAGUAGUAGCAAUGCUGUAUUGGAUAAAGUACUCAAGUUUGAACGUGCAUCUUCGCUGGACGAUGAUGUAUCUCAUCAACGCGUAUCGCAUAUGCCUCGUCGUGAACGGUUCUUGUAUUUACAACAAGAUCCUUCUGCUAUUGAACGAAAAUCCACCAUGGCUUCGUCAACGAAAAAGAUGCCUUCGGUGGUGAUACGUCGUAUUGGUAUUGACCAAGGUGUACAGACCGAUCUGCCACCUGUGACGACAACAACAACAACACGGGAACAAGUAGGGGAAGAAGAGCAUGGUACGGUGGAUGGAGAUGAAGAAUGGUUCUUGCAAGACGAUGAAUGGGAUGAACAAGAAGAAACUGCCAUGGUUGAAUGGUUACUUGGAGAAUAA